GUGAGUUUAGCCUCGGGACAAAAUAUAGUGACUGAUGCCAGAGCCACCGAUAUCAGCCUUUCCGUCGGCGGCCAAAUUUUAACUUCUGAUGCCUAUGUUAUCGUGAUGAGGGACUUUGACCUCAUACUCGGAAUGGAUUGGCUAACACGUUUUCACGCAGAUAUACGAUGUCAUGACCGGGAGAUUACUCUUUAUCUUCCGGGAGAUGAUCAGAUCACUUAUUUCGGCUCCAGGACUCGUACUCUGCCCCAUAUUAUUUUUAUGGCAAAAGCCAGGAGGAUUCUUCGACGGGGUGAUUUCCAGGGUUACCUUGUGAGCCUCGUUGGAGAUGAGCCAAAAGCACGGUCACCUCAUGACAUUCCCAUUGUUCGUGAGUUUGUGGACGUGUUCCCAGAUCAGCUUCCGAGUGGUCCACCUAGCCGACAAGUGGAAUUUUCUAUCGAUCUUAUCCCUGGAGCUGGACCCGUUUCUAAGGCGCCAUACAGAAUGGCACCUAAAGAAUUGCAGGAGUUAAAGACCCAAAUUCAAGAGUUGCUGAAUCUCGGUUUUAUUCGACCGAGCGUCUCACCUUGGGGAGCACCCGUUCUCUUUGUCAAGAAGAAGGACGGAUCUAUGCGUAUGUGUAUCGACUACCGGGAUCUCAACCGGUUGACGAUCAAGAAUAAAUAUCCGCUUCCCAGGAUCGAUGAUUUAUUUGACCAGUUGAGGGGUGCCUGCGUGAUUUCUAAGAUUGAUUUGCGUUCAGGCUACCAUCAGCUGAAAAUCAAGGAAUCAGACAUACCUAAGACAGCGUUUCGUAUGAGAUACGGUCAUUUCGAGUUUGUGGUUAUGCCGUUUGGCCUCAGUAAUGCCCCGACAGUAUUCAUGGACUUGAUGAACCGUGUAUUUCAUCCUUUUCUCGACCAGUUCGUUAUUGUAUUCAUUGAUGAUAUCCUUAUUUAUUCCAAGAGCCAGAAAGAGCAUGAGGAGCAUCUGAGGGCUGUUCUUGCGACCCUUAGACGAGAAAAAUUGUACGCAAAGUUCUCCAAGUGCGAAUUUUGGCUUCAGCGAGUGGCUUUUCUUGGCCACAUUAUCACUCAAGCAGGUAUUGAAGUAGAUCCUUCCAAAAUUGCCGCAGUGCAGAAUUGGUCAGCACCGAGGAAUCCGUCCAAAGUUCGUAGUUUUCUCGGCCUUGCAGGUUAUUAUCGUAGAUUUAUUGAGGGGUUCUCGAAGAUUGCCCUCCCUUUGUCCCAGUUGACGAGGAAGUCUAUGACGUUUGAAUGGACAGAUCGUUAUGAGUCGAGUUUUCAGGAGCUGAAAAGAAGACUUACGACGGCACCAGUGCUGACUAUUCCCGAUCCUUAUCGGAUUUUCACCAUCUAUAGUGAUGCUUCGAAGCGAGGUUUGGGGUGUGUACUUAUGCAAGAUGGCCAGGUUGUAGCAUAUGCUUCACGUCAGUUGAAGCCCCAUGAGCAGAAUUAUCCUACCCACGACCUGGAGUUAGCUGCAGUGGUACACGCACUUAAUAUAUGGCGGCAUUAUCUUUAUGGUGGUCGAUGUGAGAUUUACACCGAUCAUAAGAGUCUGCAGUACAUUUUCACGCAAAAGGAGCUCAACAUGCGUCAGAGACGUUGGUUGGAGCUUGUUAAAGAUUAUGACUGCACGAUUCAGUAUCAUCCAAGGAAAGCAAAUGUUGUAGCUGAUGCCUUGAGCCGAAAGGUAAAAGGCGAGUUAUCUUGUUCUAUUACUCAGCAGCGUUCUCUUAUUCAAGACUUUGCCCGGAUGCAGAUUCAAGUCAUCGAGUCGCUUCCUGCAGUGAUUAUAGGGAGU